AUGAGUGAAACUGUAUUUGUUAGUACUUCACUUGUAAAUAGUUUCUCAUCAAUAGUUGUAAAUAAUUGUAGUAUAGAUUCCAAUUGUAUAGCUCCAGUCAACAAUACAUUCUUUAACUCUUCGGCGUCGGAUAUAUUGACAGGUUUUAAUAACCCAUCGGUUAUAGAAAAUCAUUAUAGUACUCUUAUGGCAUCAUUAUACUCAAAUCCUCAGGUUCCCCGAAAUGUUGUACAAACGGUAGUUGAAGCAUAUUAUGAAAAACAAAAUAGUGAAAAUCCCGUUAAAACUGAAGAACUAAGCUCAGGUACUUCCUUCCAUGAAAAUAUUGAAAACAUAUCAAUGUCUGAAAAUGAUGACGUAGUUGCUUCUAAUUCUGAAGUCCUAUGUUUGACAUUUGAAAGUCCUCCAGUAGUAUUUAAUAAGUUCAUAAAGCUAAGUUCAACUGUUUUAUCUCAUUUCUUCAAGUACCACCCUUGUCAACCAAAAGAUCCCAGCCUCCCAUUCAAUCCAAAUAAGAUUUUUCUUCGAGAAAAUGGAACAAAUCGUGUAUGGCUAACAUUUGAUGAAUCAUCAAAACAACUAUUUUGUUCAGUUUGUUUGGCUUUUGCUUCUGAAUCGAAUUCAUUUACUAAGGGGGUAUCUGAUUGGAAACAUGUUCAUCAACGAAUCAAGGAGCAUGAGAGUAGCAUAGUUCAUUCACGCUCUUCCGAAUCUUAUUUCUUAAAAACUCAAAACAAAGAUAUAGAUUCACUGUUAUUUUCAAAUUUACAAAAUAUAAAAAAAAAUCGGCAAAUUUUUGAAAGAAUUAUCGCUGUUAUAAAGUUAAUCGGAAAAAGAGGCUUAAGCUAUAGAGGUAAAAGAAAUGAAGCAGCAUACUCUUUGAACGACCAUAAUUUAGACCAUGGGAAUUUCUUGGAAAUAAUGAUAUUGCUCAGUAAAUAUGAUCCUAUCAUUUGCGAACACUUCAAUACUAUCAUCAAUAAAAUCGUUAUAAAUGAAAUAGCAUCAAACAUUAAACGUACAAUUGCUACCGAAGUCCAAAAUGCUUCAUUCUUUUCUGUUCUUAUUGAUACUACCCAAGAUGUUUCAGUAAUGGAUCAAUGUUCAAUAGUUAUUAGAUACAUUUUUCACGGUACAAUUAAUGAAAAAUUAAUUGCUGUGAAGUGUGUUCAUAAUUCAAGUGGUAAAGGUAUGGCUGAACUGCUAAAAGAGGAAUUGAUUUCUGUUGGCUUGGAUUUAACGAAAUGUAUAGGAAAUUCUACUGAUGGAGCGUCCAAUAUGCGAGGAGUAUAUAAUGGUUUCACUUCACAUUUAAGUAAAUUAUCGCCUGAACAAGUUCAUGUUUGGUGUCAUAGUCACGUUUUAAAUCUUGUUAUUUGCGAUGCAACAAAAAAUCCUGUCCAAGUAGCAUCAUUUUUUACUUUAUUAAAUAGUUGUGCGGUAUUUUUCAAAGAAUCAUAUUUGAGGAUGGAUAUUUGGAAUGAAGUUAGCAAGACAAAUUCAGAUAACAGUCGAAAUAAGCGUCUUCAAACCAUUGGAGAAACUAGAUGGUCAUCAAAACAGACUGCUGUUGAGAGAAUUUUCGGAACAUUUGGAGAUCCAAAAAGUUCUAUGUAUAUAGACUUGAUAAUUGCUUUCACUAAAGUUGUUCAAGGGGAAAAAUUUAAACCUGAUAUAAGAGCAAAAGCAAACAAUUAUUUAGAUUUACUAUUAAAGUAUGAGACUAUUUUGACAGCACACAUAUUUAUGAAUGUUUUUAGUAUAACGGGCCCACUAUCUAGAUAUCUACAAACCAGUGGAUUAGACCUUCUGAAAUGUCAACAAAUGGUAAAAUCUGCACUGAGUCAAAUAGUUAAGUACCAAAGAGAUAUGGAAAAUAUUAUAGCUAAAAGUGAUAAAUUUGUCGAAUGGGUAAAUAAUCAACUAGAAUUGCAAGAUUUGGAUAAUGAAAUUUAUCUUCAAGAACAAUUCGAAAUCAAACGAUUAAGGAAAAAAAAACGAAUGACUGAUGAAUUAUUAAACGAUGAUCCAAUUAAUGAUGCGAAACAAAAAUAUACUGUUGAAGUUCAUAAUCAGGUGAUGGAUAGAAUAGUUGAAAGUAUGAAUUCAAGAUUUGUAAACAAUAGUCCAUUAUACAUGGAUUUAUCGCUUCUAUCCCCAGUCAACUUCAAUAGUUUUAAACAUGGUUUACCAAAAACAGCCUUGAAAGCUCUCUCUAAAAAUUUAAUCCGAUUUGCAGUCAAUGAUAAUUUGGAAGAAUUCCAUCAAAAAUUAAGAGAAGAAUUAGUAAGUUUUGGUAAUAAUUGGGAUAACUUAAAAAAAUCAGUUGAAGACGAAUAUGAUUUUGAAAAUUUCGAUUCAGAAGAUGAAUACCAAGAAACUGAAGAAACUGCCGGAUUAAAUAUGACCUGUAAAACAUGCAAACAUUGUGCUUGUUGCUGUUUAAAGUUAUUAGUAAAAUACAAUUUGUAUAAUAAUGCGUAUACAAAUUUAUCUUUGGCUUAUAAUUAUCUUUUAACUCUACCGGUAACACAAGUAGCAUGUGAGAGGUCAUUUUCAACUCUAAAAUUCAUAAAAAAUCGAUUACGAAAUACUCUAACUAAUGAGCAUUUGGAAGCGUUUAUGUUGAUGUCCGUGGAAAAGCGAACAUUAGUAUCUAUAGAUGACGAUAUUUUAAUCGACAGAAUUGGGGAAACUAGUGAAGUUAUGAAAAAAAACCUAAUUAUGUAA